CAAAAGAAAGACACCAUUUCUACAGGGUUCACGAGAGUUUGAUGGCGGCGCUGGGACCAUGGCCCUACAUCCAGAGUUACGCGCCCGCCUGCAACGCCUCGAUGAUGGAGAGAGGCGCCCCAGCGGUGAGAAGGGUGGAUUGGACUCAGAUGUGGAUCUCUUGCUUCAGCAACUGGAGGACCUGGACUCCCGCAGUGAAGCUCUCCGUCAGAUGGACCAAAAGGAUCAGUCCAGGUGGCGGAAAGACGAUGAGAGCCGAGCUCACAGCAAAGGAAGUGUUCAGGAGCCACUGGUGCAUCCUCUCGCUGCCAUAGGCGGCUCCGACCGCGACGGUCGCGCGCGGCGGAAGACGCCGCACUUCGCCCAGAUCCAGCGGACCCCCAGCAGCGCCGGCGCUCGCAGCGGCGCGUGCUGCCCGUUGCCGCCCUUGCUGAAGGCCUCAGCUUCGGCGCCCUGCCUGACCCGGAAAGGUCAGUCUCUCAAGGCUCUCACGGCGGACGAGGGGCCUUUUUGACGCCGGUCUCGACCGGCGGCGGUGACUGGGUGUGCCGGACGAAAGGACCGGUGACCGGUGGCCGGUGAAGCGAUCCCCUGG